GUCCCGGGGCGCGGAGACUAGAGCCACGUCGCUUAGGCAGCCCGGGAAGACCACGCAGCUUCUCUCAUGGCUUCCGUAGACACCCGGCGUGUUGGGGACAGCGCCGGGGGCGCCUUCCAGCCUUACCUCGAUUCCUUGCGUCAGGAGCUGCAGCAGAGGGAUCCGACGGUGCUGUCCGUGGCGGUGGCUGUGCUCGCGGUCCUGCUGACGCUGGUUUUCUGGAAGUUCAUCUGGAGCAGAAAGAGCAGUCAGAGAGCUGUUCUCUUCGUUGGGCUUUGCGACUCGGGGAAAACGUUGCUGUUUGUCAGGUUGCUAACUGGCCACUACAGAGACACACAGACUUCGAUUACUGACAGUUCUGCAGCGUACAAAGUCAACAACAACAGGGGCAAUAGCCUGACAUUGAUUGACCUCCCUGGGCACGAGAGCUUGAGGCUUCAGUUCUUAGAUCGCUUUAAGUCUUCAGCCAGGGCUGUGGUGUUCGUGGUGGACAGUGCAGCGUUCCAGCGGGAGGUGAAAGAUGUGGCUGAGUUUCUGUAUCAGGUCCUCAUCGACAGCAUGGGACUGAAGAACGCACCAUCCUUCUUAAUAGCCUGCAAUAAGCAAGAUAUCGCAAUGGCAAAAUCAGCGAAGUUAAUUCAGCAGCAGCUUGAAAAGGAACUCAACACCUUACGAGUCACCCGCUCUGCUGCUCCCAGCACACUGGACAGUUCCAGUACUGCACCUGUUCAGCUGGGAAAGAAAGGCAAAGAAUUUGAAUUCUCCCAGCUGCCCCUCAAGGUGGAGUUCCUGGAGUGCAGUGCCAAGGGUGGACGAGGGGGUGCCGACAUCCAGGACUUGGAGAAGUGGCUGGCCAAGAUCGCCUGAGGGGCAGCCCUGGCUGCAAACCUUGGGCAUCUGUGACUGACGAGCAGUUUGGGAAAGGGCUGUGGUGGUGUGGAGCCGACAGAGGGAACAUGGCAUGUGUCUGCAGCAUCUCCGUGUUCUAGAAACAAUUACUGCAGCUUGAGAGCAGCUGUCCCUCCCUUCUAGCUCCUUUCUCAACCAAUCCUUUUUAUUUAAUUCUCCUGUUCUCCCUCUUGGUAGGUGUAGCAUUACUUUAGUGUGUGACAUAGCAGAGAAGGCAUCGCCAUGAGAAAAGGGAAGUUCUCGUCCUCUGCCUCUCUGCUUCCGUCCCUUUUCCUGGAGCCAGACCUGCCCUUUUAUGGAGCCAGUUAAUUUCCAGUUGCCCCUGGUAUUUUGGCAUAACUAAUACAUUGUCAGUUCUUUGUGAAGUCUCAGAUAUAAAGGUAGUUACAACGAAGACAGGCUCAGAACCACAGGGCACCGUUGUCAGUGACCUGUCUCCACUCCAGCUUAGGUUCAGAAGCCUGCCAGGAGCCUCUAGAGUCACUCAUGUGACGGAUGUAAGAGCCAGCUCCCCAGACAUUCGUGGGUUAGUGUGUGCUCCAGAGGUUCCCCUGGGGAGAGCCGGGAGACAGCGCACUGCUGCCUCUGGGGGCCAGUGAGGCCCCAGGCUGUCUGCCUGUGCUACUUGGUCAGCUCCUGUUGUGUCGCCUCAGCUCAUGCUAUGGAACAGCACAGACUGGAAAAGUCCACUGUAUAUAUUUUUAAGUGAAUUCAUUCAUGCUUUAAAAAAAGUUGCCUUUUCAAAGUAA